UCUGAUAACCAAGUCUGCUCCAGCCAGAGAUGAAAUGUGUUACUGUGUGGUUAUCUGUCAGUCUUAUCCCUGAAUGGAGACUGAACCUGUUAGCAGUGUUAGCUAACAGCAUUAACGGAGUGUGGAGAUGAUGGAGGAGAAUGAGGAGCAGUCAGACGACCAGCAGGCAGACCUCAGUUUGAGGAAGGGAAACUACGAGAGGGAGAGCUUGAGGCUGCACAUGGUGACGUGGAACGUGGCCACAGCUGAUCCUCCUGAUGACUUGACCUCACUUCUCCAUCUGAACUCCCCAAAGAGUCCAGACCUCUACGUCAUCGGUUUGCAGGAGGUGUACUCAAAGCCUCUGAGAUUCGUGUCAGACAUUGUAUUCAAUGACCCAUGGAGUCAUCUGUUUAUGUCCACCUUGGCACCACGGAAAUACGUUAAGGUGUCAUCCAUUAGAAUGCAGGGUCUGCUGCUGCUCUUUUUCUCAAAACUGGAGCACGUCCCCUUCAUCAGAGACAUCCAGGCCACAUACACGCGCACAGGCAUUUUCGGUUACUGGGGUAACAAAGGAGGCGUGUCUGUCCGUCUCUCUUUCUAUGGCCACACGCUCUGUUUCCUCAACUGUCACCUGGCUGCUCAUAUGAAAUUCGCCACAGAGAGAGUGGAUGAGUUUGAGUACAUCAUGGACACGCAGACCUUUGACUGUAAAAAGGCUCAGAGAAUUGUUGAUCACAGGCUGGUGUUCUGGUUUGGAGAUCUCAACUUCCGAAUUCAGGACCACGGCAUGCACUUUGUCCGCUCCUGUAUCAACAAUCAAAACUACCACCUGCUGUGGAGCAAAGACCAGUUGACCAUGAUGAAGAAGAAAGAACAGAUGCUCCAGGAUUUUGAGGAAGGACCUCUGGACUUUCAACCCACAUACAAGUUUGACUUAAACUCUGAUACUUAUGACAGCAGCGGUAAGAAGCGUAAACCUGCCUGGACAGACAGGAUUCUGUGGCGGCUCCGACCCAAAGCCCCGCCCCCUGACGAGCAAGAUGACAACAGGGUUGGACUGGAUGCUAAGAUGGUCAGGCAGCUGGAAGAGGAUGAGGAGUACCCUCUGAAGAUCAGGCAGGAGUUGUACACCAGCAACAUGGAGUACAGCAUCAGUGACCACAAGCCCGUCAUCGGCGUCUUCACGCUGGAGCUGAGGAAGAUGUACAAUACUCCACUGGUGCGUCUGCAGGCAGAAGGCGACUGGAGCGCAGACAUUGAUGCUAUGGUUGUCUACAGCCCUCUGCAGCCGUUCCCCUCCAGUACGUGGGACUGGAUCGGACUCUAUAAGGUUGGAUUCACCUGUGUGUCAGACUACAUCACCUACACAUGGGUCAAAGACGACGAGGUGGCCUUCAAUGACGAAGUCAUACAGGUAUAUGUUAGUAAAGAGGAAAUCCCUGUGCGGGGAGGAGAGUGUGUGCUCUGUUACUACAGUAGCACUCUGCGGUGCAUCAUUGGAAUUAGUGAACCAUUCAAGGUCCAUGAGUCCAAGGUAGCCGUUGAGGAAGGCUUGGUGCCUGAGAAGAUCAACGGACUUGACAAAACCAUAGCGAGUGAAGACCCCUUGAACUGAUCUAUCAGGAGUCACAGAUGUGGUAUGAUAUAGAAAUGUAUUCGGACCUGGAUUGCCUGAACAACAACAAGGCUUUUAAUUACUGUGUUUCCUAACUUGUCCUCAAAGGAGCAGAUUAGGAAGUGUUGCCUGUUCAUGCUGUUACACACCCUCACAGACCUCUCUAAUGCUACUGGUGUGGCUAAAACUUACUCACUCAUCUGUGGUCAGUACACUUUUUAACUACUGGUCUUAAGUGUGUGUGUGUGUGUGUGUGUGUGAGAAACUCAUAUUUAAAUUGGCCUUAGAUUGAACAAAGAAGUGCCAGCUUUGUGUCCUAAAGCCUAAUAAAAACAAACACUGUACUGUGUAUAAGAUAGCUUUAUUAAAUAUGAUGAAAGGCUCUGAUUGAAUGAAUGAGGGUUUGGUUAACAAGGACUCGGAGGUAACAGGUUAAGCGUAUUGUUAAAAUAGAAGGUGAGGUAUGUUUUGUGUGAUCAGUCCAGUUUGCGUUAAUGAAAGGAAGCCCUACGUUUAAGGUUGUGUAACGGCUCAAAAUAUUUGUCUGAACUCCAUAUUUUAAUGCUGAACUUGCUCUCACAGCUGGCUUGGUGAGCAGGAACACUGAACAUGUAGGUUUGGCUUGUUUGGACAGGUAAAAGCAACCCAGUGAAACUUCACCUGACUGCUACAAUUAUGAAAAGGGAGUAACAAAAUGAACAAAGCUCACUGGCCCAUUUUGGUUUUCACAUCAAUGUGUUCCUGAGGAAUAAAUUAUUUUGCUGUGGAAAAUGAGCAAAUGAAUGUUCACUGCUUACUUGCAAACAGGAAGGGACUGGUUCCUUUGAAGCCAGUCUGUAGAUAUAAAUGACUGAUUUGUAUGAUCAUGGCAAAGCCUGUAUGAUACUGGAGAAGGAGCUAAAACAGGAAUUGCCUCAUUAUUUUCCACAUUUCUGUCUGACUUAAAGCUUAAACGGAUAAAAGUGCUUCUUGUUCAGAAGAUAAUCAGAGCUUCAAAACUUUAGGAGGCAAUAGUCAGCCAACGUCACCUAAAACUCUGAAGUUCAUAGGACCACUGAACAUUAAGUGCUUCAAUCCCAGCUCUCUCUCAAAUAACCUCUCCUUCCCACCAGUGAUCUACUAGCACUGCAAUGACCAGAACAUUUGUAUUACGCAGUUUUAGGAGAAAUGUUAUGAACAUUUUCUGCUUUAUUUUGCUGACUGUUUUUUUUGUUUGUUUUUUUUCAGUAAUUUGAGUUGUAAUUCAGUAGUACUGUGUGCCUGAUGGGCCUACAGACAUUUUCUUUAAUACAGAAAUAAAGAGAAAUUCAAAUUUAUAGAGGUGAACUAUUCCUUUCAAUAAGAGAAGAUGAUCUGACUCUGUCCUCCCUUUCCAAUUUCUUAGUUUUAAAAACAGUAUGUUGUAUUGGAUAAAGAGCUGUUUAUUUAGAAAUAUGCAGAGAAUUAUUAGUCCUACAGCACUGAUCUGUGUACUGUCCUGAAAGCAUUGAACUGUAGUAUGUAAGCUGAAUUUAUGUUAUUUAAAAUAUUUAUAGAGCACACAGCAUAUCUCACCUUAGUGUUGUGAAUGAGCCGCUAUAGGAAGUGAUUUAGCAGUUUUGAUUAAAUUAGCCCACCAGCACCUUGCAGUUUUCUAUUUUAUUUUUUGGAAUAUGAAUUAUUCCUUUUUCAGACUGAUUGUGGUAUCACAGCAGAGACCAUACAGAUAUGUUGCACUGUUUAAUGUGAAUGUUUAUAAUAUGAAUAUUUAUAGGAAAUAAGGUUAUUAUUAAGAGAAAAUGUAAAUGUUUUGCUUUUAGAAAACAGUAUGUCUUCAGCAAGUGCCUUUGAAACGAUUCUUGCUUUACAUUGAGUGUACUGUACUAUGCUGCUCAAUUUUGAUACAAUAUAUAUUAUUGAUAUUCAUCAUUAGUUAUCAUAACAUGGCAUCGCCACUCAUGCACUUGAUAUAAGAUAUUGCUGGCCGAAACGUGAAGAGCCUCUGUACUGAUUUGUGGUGUUAUUGGCUGGCUGGAAUCAGUUACAUCAGCCAAUUGAUGUCACAAGUGGCUUAUUUUAUCAAAUAGAAAUGUUGUAAUGUACUGUAACAAUACAUUUAUAGCUUUGCAAAUGCAACUAUUAAAUCUCUAAAGCCUCA